UCUCCAUAAUCAUUCACAAACAGCAAUGAAAACUUGCAUGGUCAGUUGAGCAAUAACAGUGCAAAGUACAGCUGCAAGACCUUCCACUAUCAAACUGCCAGUUGAUAUUUCACAAUCAUGACUCUGGUACAAAGAAAGACAACUCAGGUGAAUGAGGAGACACCAACCAACAGGAGAGAGAAAGAACAGAUUUCAACAUACUAGGCUUUUGCGGAGAUGAUCACUCACUAUGGCAAACCUGUUCGAAGGAGUAACUCUGAUAGUGAACAACAGAGACCAGGACCAACUGGAUACCCCCCAAGAGCUGGAGAACAAAGUGCGUAACAAGCUGGUGCUGCUCUAUUUCGGGUCCAGGGAAUGCCCGAAAUGCCAGGAGUUUGCCCCCGUGCUGCAGGAGUUCUCCAACCGUCUGCUGGAUGAGUUCUAUGUGGAACGGGCAGCUCAGCUGGUGCCUGUGUACGUCUCCCAGGAUCAAACAAAGGAGAAGGAACAGCAAUACCUCCGGACACUGCACAGGAAGUGGCUCUACCUACCUUUCCAGGAUAAGUACAAGAGAGAGUUACGAAAGAAGUACAAUAUCAAGGUCAUCCCGAGCAUUGUUGUUCUAAAGCCCAAUGGAGACCUUAUCACUAAAAAUGGAGUAGCAGAGAUCUCCAUGAUGGGAGUGGGCUGUUUCAAAAACUGGUGGGAAGCAUCUGAGAUCAUCGAUAGGAAUUUUCUCCUGGCAGAAGACUUUGAAGACUGGACCUGGAAGAGUAUGACUGAUCCCUUAAGGCAGAUUAAGUACAAAGUUAAAAAAUCUGGAUGGGGGGGCACAGAAGGCCCAUGAAAUAAACUAAGCAGUGUUGUGUGUUCCAACUCCAGCUUCCACCCAAUGCUUUCCAAACACAUUGCAUCACAGAUCCCCACAAUCGACUAUUCCCUACUGACACACAUUAGCAAAGCCCUAAUCCAAACUAAAUUGUGGACUGGAACAUUGGAAAAUUCCUGUCAGAAUCCUCUAUUAUGCAAAGGAAAAAAACCCACUAGAUUAUUGCAUGCAGGCUAAACUACAUAACUAGAUUUAUUCACAAAUAAAAUGCAACAUGUCAAGCAGUACAAUACUUAUCCCAUAGAACUGUAAUCAGUCCAUAAAACUUUGAUAUAUUCUUGCAAUCUUGACAUAGGAAAAUAGAUUCUAUUAGUAAAUUUUGAGAGAUCCACCUCCCAGCCCCAAGUACAAUUAGUGAUAAAUAACAAACUAAUGAAAAGACUAGGAUGCCCAGAAUACAAAUGUUUCUCCUCGCUUAUUUGGUAGCGCAGCUGCUGCAAAUGAUUAUUUUAUUGAAUUAACUUCCAAGAUAAUCGUACUGCUCUGCAACAUCUGAUCCCAAUCUUAAAUUACCAUAUACAAAAGGGGGUUCUCGCUAACAGCAAUUGCAGAAUACAACUAGUGGACAACAGCCAAUCAUUCUGCUGCAUCUGUGCACAUUAAUUAUUAAAGGAAAUCCUUUAGUUGGCUCACUUUGUAAUGAGCAUGAAAACAAUGCACAA